ACCGUCGCGGGAGGUACGGAGGUCAAUAUCCCGGUCCACUUUUUCACAAUGAGCACUAAAUGUUUAUCAAUGGCCAGGAUGUGAUCUAUACACAGGCCUGAUCAGAGCAACAGAACGGGACGGCAGACGGCAGGAUAAUAUUUGGUCGCACGGGUGGCAGUCCCGUCGGGGUCUUCUCUUGCCAUGAAAUUGCUCAUUAGUUACACAAGGUACAUAAUCUGUGACGCUCUAAGAUGUAUCAUCGCUUUGAGAUGAAUCACAAACACAUGUGCUGAACUUCGAACGGUCAGAUUUGUAAAUACACAGACGAAAGACGAUGGUCUUAUGAUGACCUUGAGAAGGGCAGACCUUCCAUGGUGGGCUCCUGGGUGCGCCCCUGGCACUGUUGUGAUCCCACCGGGCCCGGGGGCAAUUCAGUGGGUGGCCACGGGGAGACGGGGCAGGUGGCGUGCACGGGCUAGAGAAAGGUGUGGCGUCCAAGACAGUCUGAAGGAAAGUGUGGCUUCCAACGCAGUCCGAAGGAAAGUGUGGUGUCCAAGACAGUCUGGAGAAAAGUGUUAAGUUCGGCGCGAUGGUGCUGCAGUGUUCCAUUUGCCCGCAAGCAUUGUGAAGGAGCCCUAACAACGGGAUAAGUGAAUGAGGUAAAACUGCAAUUGUGCAACAGCGGAUAAUUUAAACCAUUGCGCGUUGCCUUAUGGGCUCAGACUAGCAGAAUAACCUGGGGUGGAACAGUGCUAUCUUCUGGAGUGGUUGAUAGAUGCGAAACAUUUUCUAUAGCAUCGCCACACAUGUCCAUCAAGACAGCCCAUAUUAUUUACGAAUGAGCGCCAACCGCCAGAGUAUGAUGUCUCUCAAGUUACGAAGACUCGUAUUGCCACUUCUGGUGGGAGUCGUUGUGUUAGUCAGUCCUGUUGGCACCAUCGGAAGGACUCCAGACAUCUCAGCGCUUGUGUCUCCUUCAAACACGACGUCAUCAUCAUCGAGAGUCACCGAGUGCGUGGAAAACCAAUGCGCCGCUAGAAACAGAUCCAAAUGGCAGCCUUAUACCAUCGGUGAUAUAGACGUGUUAAGGAGAUAUGGGUGUUCAUGCGACAGGACCUGUUCAACGUUCGGAGACUGUUGUCGUGACGUACCCUGGUAUACUCCCGGACCUGAAGGGAUUGCGUGUGCAUACUGGGGCGACUAUAUGAGUUUUACUUCGCCUUACAUUUAUAUUUAUACGGUGUCUCAAUGUCCAACAUCAUGGCCCAGCGACGCCACGAGGCGGGCUUGCGAGUCAGAGGACAUUUCGCUAUCCGAUGACCCCCUGAUCGCCCUCCCUGUAACGAGCCCCCAGUCUGGACGAACGUAUCUAAACGCGGCGUGUGCCCGAUGUCACGAAGACACGAAAGAAGCCGUGUUUUGGAGCGUGGCUGUUCACUGCCCAAUGAUGACGUGGGACAUUCCUGAUGAGGCCCGCAAACAGAACUCAUCAAGUGUGUGGCUUCGGCGAAACAAAGGCGGUAAGUGGAGCUUGACCACGAAAGAUGGCUCGCUGGCGUUCAAUGAUUGUGACACCAAAAUAGUAGUACCUUCAGAGCUGACGAGCCUCGUGCGCGGUUGCGUGCCGGCGGUAUCCGACUGCGCGCCGGACUGGGCGGAUCAAGAGACGGCGGCAGAGUGUGCCGCCUACACCGCCAGGGUCCGAGACAUGGGCAGGACUAACCCGCGCGCCGGCGAGUACCGCCACGUCUACCGUAACCGGCACUGCGCGCUCUGCAACGGCAUUCCACCGGACAAGCUCCAAUGUGGUCGGCUCCUUGAUAUUCCCAUGCUGGGCGGCGAGGGAAUGUCCUUCUCGGUCCUCUUUGACUUCAGCGAUCGCUCUGGGAGUGAUGACGUGGGAGCUGUGGAUGUAUGCAAGGGCACCAGUGUCUGGGAUCCGUUCUUCCAAAAGUGUCGUGAAGUAUUCUGCGAUAAUGGACAGCUGCUAGACGGUGACACUUGCGCGCCGAAAAACAAACCAGCCACAAGCAGUACGGACUUCACUCCUUUUCAGUACUGCCCAAAGUUCUAUCUAUCUCCCAAUGAAUUUGAGAACCGGUCUGAUGGCAGCGUCUACGUCCAGCUGUACGACCAGCGGUACGCCGAGGGCGAGUUCCAGCUCAGAGACGGCGAGCUGGUGGUGUGUUCCAAGUCGGGCGACUUCAGCAAGUUUGACGCCGCGCUGGGCACCCUGUCGCUGGUGUUCGUCGUCGUGUCCAUCGUCUGCCUCUGCUGCCACCUGGCGCUGUUCUGUCUGGUGCCCGAGCAGCGCAACCUGCCCGGGAAGAACCUGGCGGCGCUCUGCGCCUGUCUGCUGGUCGGCUACAUCUGCUUCGUGGCGGCGCCGUUCCAGGAGCCGGCCUCCGAGGGCUGCCGAGUGCUCGGCGUCGUCAUGUACGCCGCCUUCAUGGCUUCGUUCUUCUGGAUGAACGUCAUGGCCUUCGAUGUCUUCAUGUCUCUCCGGCGAGCUGUGACCGAGCUCCGUGUCACCACCGGCGCUCGUCUGAGACCGUUCCUGCGCUACACCCUGUACACCGUCACCGCCACGGCCACUCUCGUCACCUCCGCCGUCAUCACCGACUCGUCUCCACGCGCCGCGCCCGCCUACCGCCCCGGCUUCGGCGAGCGGGUGUGCUGGUUCAGCCGGCGGCGCGCCCUGCUGGUGUUUUUCGCCGUGCCGCUGCUGGUUAUCAUGGUGGCCAACAUGGCGCUGUUCGUCGGCAGCACGCUGAUCGUCCGCAGGGCGGAACAGUCAACGGCCAGAGUCACCUGCUCACCGUCAAAGACGAACCUGAGGCUGUGUGGCCGUCUAGCCGUGAUCUCCGGCCUUUCGUGGCUGGUUGGCCUGCUGGCCGGCUGGGCCGACUUUCCGCUGCUGUGGCACAUCUUUAUCGUCCUCAACACGCUGCAGGGCGUGUUCAUCUUCGGCUCGUUCACGGUGAAGGCAGCGCGGAGCAGCGCUCUCCGCCGGCGCCGUCUGCCCCGUCAGGCCCCGUGGUCCGCAGUGGCCGGCGGCGGAGAGGCCGGCACCGGUGCAGGUCACGGGUCAGAGGGCCCGCCCACCAGCGAAACAGAUAUCUGAGAUGUCAGCGUGAUGAAAAAAAUGGCUCGAUCGUC